UGCUAAAUCGAAAGUAAACUCUGUCCUCGCAGAAAUAACAUAAAAUUAUGUCACUUUUUAUUUCUAGCCGAUGAGCCGACCAGAAUUGGCAAUCUGUGGUAGAGAUUUUUGGAAGCGUGAAUGAUCUGUCCAUAAUGGAUGAAGAUGGUAUAAGAAGAAGUUGGAGUGGAGGUUCAUCCUCUAACGAAGUAUCAUUACAUAGGCAGUUGUCUGACAGGAAUGACACCAUGCUUAAAAUGCAACUCCUGUGUUCAAGGCUUCCACACCUUGUAAAGGACUUUGAUUGGGAAGUUAAGAAUGAGUUUGCAAAGUCUCUUGAUGAUCACAAAGAGAAUGGCAAUGAUUGGCGAUUGGUAGCUUCUCGGCUCGGCUUCUCAAAUAUCAUACAUCGACUGGAAAAAGUCUCCAAGCCAACUAUUGAACUUCUCAGGCAGUGCACUACAACAACCUGUAAAGAUCUGUUGGAGAUUCUUGUAGAUAUCAAUAGAAGUGAUGUGCUGGAUGAUGUGGACAAACAUUAUAUUGAGAGUAAUACCAACUCUAUCAGACCACCACAUCUAAGAUCUCCCACACAAGAGAGUGAUUAUGGCGAAAGCACAUCUUCUGGUCUUUCGUGGUCAUUGCAAGACUCUGGAUGUGAAAGUAGCACAUCAGAGGUGGUGGCAGAGGAGUCAGAUGAAAAGGGUGAAGAUUUUCACUCAGUUGAAUCUCAGGAGUUUUGGAAAAACAUUCCUGGAACUAAAGAACGAAAGAGAUGGAGCAAUUUUUGUCAAGCUGCCAAAAGCACUUGUCCGAUAGAAAUUCAGCAGGGAAAUGUGCAGAAAUUUCUCAGCAAACUGCUCGGCCUUGAAUAUGGUAACACAGAUGCAACUGACAACAUCAGACUUAAUCAGUUCUUGGAGUUGGUGGCGCUGUUUGGCCCUUUCAAGCCAGGACCAGAGGGAUGCCUGCAAAAGAUGUAUGAUUUGAUGAAGGACUCAAUUUCAGUUCGAGAUGACGGCAAAAAAGAGAGUUGGUUUGCAGGUCGAAUGAACGAAACCGAAUCAGACGAACGCCUUAGUGACCAGAUCCCAGGGCAUUUUCUUCUCCGGAUCAGUUCUUCCAAAGCUCACGAUGGUGUAUUCGUACUUGCCGUUAAAACAAGGGAUAGAGGCGUGGUUCAAAUUCAAAUUAAGAGAGACUUACAAACCAGCAACCUUCUGCUUGCGGACAGAGAAUUCAAAGAUCUGAAGUCACUCGUCGAUGCUUUGAGGCGAGAUGUUCUCUUGGAAAACUGCAAGCAGCUUCUAAUCAAUCCAUGCCCGGGACUGCCGCUUAAUGCUAUUUUCACUGGCUAUGUGGAUGCUAAACCAAGACAAAGAGGUCGCGGGCGGGGGAAACCUCGAAAGUGAUCAAGUUCAAGUCGACUAAAAAAUAUUCGUGAUUUCCUUCUGCAUGAGCAGAGACCAUUUCACUUUUUUCCUGACUGACUGUCAACCUUGCUGAGGUUAGACUUAUCUUGGCAGUUCAGACGAGAAAGCUUGAGAAUUUUGUAUAGUUUCAACAGUUUGCGUUGGACGUUUUUUCCGUAAAAGGACCUACAUUCGUAGUAAUGGUGGAGAUCUGUGACCAGUUAUACGAAAAGCUUUUCUUUGUGCAUAUGCAAAAACGCAAAACAAAAAACGAUAAGGAAAGGAAAUCACCAUGCUUUUUUGGUAGGAAAUUACUAAUAAUUUUGCUCCUAAAUUGAGAAAAGAGUUUUAUUUAUUUUUAUCCUGCGUAAAGGUGUUCUUGCUUGAUUUUUAAGUUAAGCUUUUUAAGUUAAGUUAUUGGAGAACUCGGGAACUUGUCAAAGAGUCGUUUUUAGGUAGACCCUAGAUAAUGCCAGACUUCAAAUACGAGUAUAUCAUUAAGAAGAGUUUCAAAUUAGCGUAGGUGUUCAGAUAUUUAUUUUAUAACAGUUGUUUUCACAAGUAUUUCUCAAACUCGUUGAUAAUUCAUUCUGAGAAAACAAAGGAAAUUACAACCGUGAAUGAGGUUAGGAUAUGUGAUCUUAAUUAUCAUAAAAUUUGGUGAACUUUUGCUUUGAUUUUCUCCAAGAAUUAUUACUGGUUUGAGAAGCUAUAUCAAAUAUUCGAAAGGGUGUUUCAUCCGAUAUCCAAACACCUUGAGGUUGGUUAAAAAAAACUCAGCUGCGCCUCGUUUUUUCAACCACUUCUCGGUGCUUAGAUAUCGGAUGAAACCUCUUCCUCGUGUUUGAUAUAUUACAGCACUGUUCGUUGUUGCAAAUGCGCGCAACUCAUUGAUGAACAUGCGCGCUUUCGUGUGUUACUAUGAAAGUAAAGAUAGGAUCGACCUGAUGUUGUGUGCAGUGCAAUUUAUGACAUAAAUAUAAAUAAAUAAGUAAAUAAAUAGACUUUAAUGGCUACCACAAGUACUAGUGGACCCAGUAGUUUAGAUUGUGGGCCAGGCAAGAUAGAGAAACAAAUAUUUCAAAUAAACACAAAGUACUUGAAAA